AUGCAAGGUUCCCUGUGGGCUAUUUCUGUACCUGACCUGUACAGGAGGGUGAAGGGACAGUCCCUGACUGGGCGGCAAAAGAUCAGCGGUUACCCAGGAUCCUACUCUUCCUGGAGGAACCAUGGAUACAACAACGGCAUCUAUGAACUCUAUAGGAGCAGCUCCAGUAAAGGUGUGAUACUGCCACCUGUGCUACUGGACCUGACAGGGGACGGUGUCAGGGACAUUGUAGUCUCUGUGUUUGACUCUACAGUCGCAGUCCUCGAUGGAGAGACUCUGGAGGAAGUUUGGACGAAGUCAUUUCCUGGCACUGAAAGCUACAGUCUUCUUGCGCCAGGAUUCUUCAACAAUGACAGCACACUUGACAUUAUGGUGAGACUGAACAAAGGGGGGUGGCCCAAGUACAACUCAAGUCAGAUGUUGAUCCUGGAUGGUCGGACGGGGACUGAACUGUGGUCCUUCCCGACACACGGAGCGACCUUCUCCUCUCCCCUGACUCUUCGCACAGAGGACCCAGGGAGGGAUGCGUUCCUGUUCUGGGUGUUAGGGCGGGAGGGCCCCGCCGCUCAGUCAGUACAACAUCCAGGAGGAGGUUCACAUGUAUGUACCAUCCUUAUCAAUCUCUGCUUGUGAAAACGAAAAAUAGACUACAUAACAAAAGUAACAUUUGCUAAGCAAAUGCAUGCUGUUUACCUUCAUAUGGUCUAUUUCAACAAAUUAAUGCUCUGUUUAUUCUUACUCAAACACAUUCACAUAUCCUAGUAUGGUGAGCAGCCCCUCAGACUCUGUUCUGUUACAAAA